CCGUAAACCACACCGUAAAAAUACUAUUUAGAACGCACUGUAACCAGAACCAGAACUAAUGGAGUAUGAAAAGGAACAGUCCCCGAAGCUGAUUUUUGACAAUACAUUUUUGACUUUUGACGGUCGAUUUUUGGUAAAUAAAAAAUUAAAAUUCUGCUGGCUCAUUUUUUGGUGUGCUUGUAAUAAUUUAUAAUUAUUGCAAAAAAUAAGUUAAUUAUUGCAAAUAUAAAGUCCUCAUGGGUGAUCCAAUGGAAGAAAAGUCCCAAGAACGCGUCUUUGGCGGCUGCGAGGGCCCUGACGCCAUGUACGUGAAACUCAUCUCGUCUGACGGUCACGAAUUCAUUGUGAAACGUGAACACGCCUUGACGUCAGGGACUAUAAAAGCCAUGUUGAGUGGACCAGGGCAGUUUGCGGAGAAUGAGGCUAAUGAGGUGAACUUCAGGGAGAUUCCAUCACACGUGUUGCAAAAAGUGUGCAUGUACUUCACAUACAAGGUGCGGUACACGAACAGCUCAACUGAAAUUCCCGAGUUCCCCAUCGCUCCUGAAAUUGCUCUGGAAUUACUGAUGGCGGCUAACUUUUUGGACUGUUGAAUCUCAGGAAACGAGCUAGAAAUUAGGCAACGUAUGACCAUAGCCACAGCUUAUUAAGUAUGAUAUUCAAAUCAUUCCUAGUAUGGUGUGGUUACUUUAUACAAAAAUGUCCAAUUACUGAAAGCUUGUCUUUUUACUAUUGUGCUAAUCUUAUCUGAAGCUUGUAAUUUUAAAGUUUGUGGUUUUUUUAAAGGUUGAGUUUGUAAAUGUAAAUACACUUUUAGACUGAACUUAGGUUAUCUGUAGGUUAUUUUUGGAAGGUACUGAAAGAACUCAUAUUUUAGCCUAAAUCUGUCCUUUAUUCAUUGUCAAUAGUUUUUAUUUUGAAAAUAUAGAUUUGGUAUAAUUUUUUUUUUUGGCUUUUUAGAAACAUUAGACAAAUGAGAACAAAAUUUGCAUUGAUUAAACGUUUGUUUUUAUCAAUA